GUCACCCUCCGAUGAGCCCCGAGACACGCAAACGUAGUAUGAUCCCGUACGUGGACUCGAAUGGUCAACCAGAGAGCGUCAUCUCCGAGCGCGUCACUCUCACAGUGCAAGACGCGCAGAUGACCGAGAAGUGGCUGCGGAACUACAUCAACUUUGCCAAAAACGUGCCCGGAUUUAAGGACCUGGCCCUCUCCGACCAGGCGUCUCUAGUGAGGGGCACGUGGUUCGAGUUCUGGUUCUUGGGCGCCUACAAAGGCUACAGCUCUGAGCUUCACGUGGUCACCUACCCCAACGGCCGCUGUUUCCACGAGGAGGAGAUCAUCAAAGUAUUCGGCCAGGAGUACACCGACUUCUCUUUCUACCUCAGUGACCGGAUGUCUGACCUCGAGGUCACGCCAGAGGAGAUGGUUCUGAUCAAGACGGUGUGCCUAACGUUCCCUGACCGGUCGAACCUGGAGAAUAAGGAGGCGGUGGAGAAGAUGCACUGGCUACUGGUCAACUGUCUGCUCCACACGCUGGAGAAAAACCGGCCCGGGGACAGCACUAUCUUCCCCAUCAUUGUCGGAAAACUAGUGGAGCUCAGGUCUCUGACGGACAAAGCGAUGCGUGCGCACCGUGGUGCGGUGUUCCAGGACGUGCUGAAGGAGAACCCGCUGCUGUGUGAGAUGGUGGACACCAAGACUCAGUACGUGGAGGUCAGUGGCCACUCCAAGCUCAGGUCUGGAUCCACCGGCCUCUAGUCGGGGUGUGUGUGGGAGGGCCUCUGACGUCCUGCCACAUGCACGCUGCUGACGUCACGCCACAUGCACCCUUUCUAACAUCACACCACAGACUAUGGCGUCACGCCCCAUACAUCCUGCUGACGUCACGCCAUGGACUCCCUUAUGACGUCACACCAUGGACACCCUGCUGACGUCACGCCACAGACACCCUGCUGACGUCCCACCACGGACACCCUGCUGACGUCCCGCCACGGACACCCUGCGACGUCACGCCAUGCACAUUCUGCUGACGUCAAGCCCUGGACGCCCUUUCUAACAUCACACCACGGA